UCUGCGUGUAGCCAUGCAUGAUUGACUGAUAAGGGCUUGGAUUAUAUUACUACCAUGGAGAGGAAUUAUAGAUUGCAGCCAGGUCCGGAGCACUACUCUUGUGUAGUGGAUCUUUUAGGUAGGGCAGGUAGGCUCAAGGAAGCUAUGGAGCUCAUCGAAUCAAUGACAGUGAAACCUGAUGGUGCUGUAUGGGGUGCCUUAUUGGGUGCUUGCAAGAUUCAUAGAAAUGUGGAGCUAGCGGAGUUGGCUUUUGAGCGUGUCAUCGAGCUUGAACCUACAAAUAUUGAGAAUUUGGAGGGGGUAUUGAGGAUUAGAGUGAUGAUGAGAGAACGGAAGCUCAAAAAAGAUCCAGGGUAUAGCUGUGUUGAGUAUAGAGGGAGGACUCACCUCUUUGUGGCUGGAAGCAGAAGUCACGCUCAAACAGAGGAGAUUUAUGCAAUGUUAAAUAGGAUAGAAGAUCUAGUGAAGAAACUUGAUAUACCUGACAAGAAUGAUCAGGAGAGAGGAAAUGAAGAACUCAUAAGCGGGAUGGGAGUGCACAGUGAAAAGUUGGCGAUUGCAUUUGCACUCUUAAACACUGGCAUGGGGAUAGAGAUUCUAUUGAUCAAGAACUUAGGGGUUGGGCAGAUCUACUGGAGGAAGCUUGGACAAUUAUUGUAUCAAUUCAGCUAG